CUACGUCAUCACUUUGCAGCCGUCAUUCGGGUUAUGUUAGCAAGCUGCUCUUUCCAUGUUUCCUGGCUUCUGAAGGUCAGCUGAACUCUUAAGGCCACCAUGGUGCUAAAUCCAGUCAUUUCUAAGCUCUCUGGUAAACUGGUUGUACUGGCCAGUUCCUCUCCUAGGAGACUGGAGAUACUCCGCAAUGCGGGUUUACGUUUUGAGGUGGUGCCGUCUUGGUUUAAAGAAACUCUCGAUAAACGACUUUUCAAAGCCCCUCAGGAGUAUGCUGUUGAGACAGCCAAGCAGAAGGCCCUGGAGGUGGCCAGGAGGAUGCCUAUUAAACACUUGAAAACUCCUGACAUGGUGAUCGGAGCAGACACAAUUGUGUCUGUCGAUGGUAUGAUUCUGGAAAAGCCGGUGGACAAACAGGAUGCAUACAGGAUGCUGUCUAGUUUGAGUGGUAAAGAGCAUAGUGUAUUUACUGGAGUUGCCGUUGUCUUGUGUCAUGAAAAAGACGAUGAUGAAGUGGACUACCAGUUGAUAGAUUUCUAUGAAGAAACUAAGGUUAAGUUUGCUGAUCUCUCACAAGAUAUGCUAUGGGAGUAUGUCAAUAGUGGUGAGCCCAUGGACAAAGCUGGUGGCUACGGCAUUCAAGCUCUCGGCGGCAUGCUGGUGGAGUACGUCCACGGAGACUUCUUAAACGUUGUCGGGUUUCCCCUCAACCACUUCUGCAAACAAUUAGACAUUAUUUUCAACCACUGCUCUUUCGACAACCCUAAGACAACCAAAUCUGCCUACCGUCAUUCCACCCCAAUUGUAAUUGAGCAGAAAGACACCUCCACAUCCAUCCCUAGACCCAGCAGCCCUUCGGCCAGCCCGCUUCAUAAGGUGAAAAAAAAAGACAGAGAAAACGAGGCAAAGGUCAAUAGCUUGUCGAAACAGGAUGCUGGAGAAACCAAGCUUCAUAAUUCUGAAAGUAUCAUAAUGAGGAGUAGAGAUGGAGCCGUCAUUGAUCAAACCGAGCCUAAAAAGAGAGACCUGGAGUUGAUUUAUGAGCUAAUGGAUGGAUUCAAAGCCUCAAAGGCACUGUUCACAGCAUCGAAGUUCUGCCUGUUUGACGUUCUGCACAAGAAGCCUGGGCUGAACGCAGAGCAGAUAGCCCAGGAGAUCAAAGCCUCUGUGAAGGGGACAGAGACGCUGCUGGAAGCUUGCGUAUCUCUGGGACUGCUGAAGACCAAAGAUACAACAGGACGCCCAAAACCUGGAUUUGAGAACACAGACGCGGCCUCAUGUUUCCUGCGCUCAGAUUCUUGUUUGUCGCUGCACGCCUACAUUCAACACUGUAAUGACACAUUGUGGCCCAUUUUCUCUCACCUCGAAAGCGGGGUGCGGGUGGGAACUAGCCAGCGUGGGAAGGUCAAAGCAUCUACAGAGAUUUGUGAGGAAGCCAAACUGAGAUUCAUGCAUGCCAUGCACAGCUCUGCCAAAGUCGCAGCUCCGGCCGUGGCAACGGCCUUUGACCUAUCCAGCUACAAAACAGCCUGCGACGUGGGGGGAUGCACUGGCGCCAUCGCGUACGAGUUGAUUAAAAUCCACCCCGACCUGUCUGUAGCUGUGCUCGAUUUGCCUGCCGUAGUGGAGAUGAGUGCAACGUUUCAGCGGCAGCACACAGACAAAAGGGUCACUUUCAAAGCUGGAGACUUCUUGAAGGACGAAUUGCCGAAAGCAGACCUGUACAUCCUGGUGAGGAUUCUCCAUGAUCUGACCGAUGACAAGCUGCAUAUUCUGCUGAGGAGAAUUUCAGAUGCAUGCACUCCAGGCUGCGGCCUCCUGCUGAGCGAGAUCUUUCUGGAUGAAAACAGAAGCGGCCCGAGCCGAGGGCUGCUGCAGGCUCUCAGCAUGAGCGAGGGGAAACAGCGAAGUGCGGCGGAGUACAGUCGGCUUUUAAAGGGUCACGGUUUCAUAACGGCACAAGUGAAACACACCAACAGCCUUCUGGAUGCAAUGCUGUGCACCAAAGCGUAACAGACUUGCACCUUUACCUACAUUUAAAGCUUUGUGAUGUAGGUCGUCAUUCAACCUUGCCAAUAUUAAACACUUAACUUUUCUCCUGUUUUUUGUUCAAUAUGAAAACAAGUAAAAGAUUUCCUAAUUUCAGGCUGAACACUUUAUGUAUAAGAUGUCAGAUUUUGUACUAUUCAAUUCUGAAGAUUAUUCAAUUAAGAUUAUUCUAUGAUGCCAACUCCAAAUAUGAAGACAUUUAUAGCUGCAUGUCCUUCCGUAACACUUUCCUGUAUCCAAUAACUUUAUCCAGACUUUGAAAAAAAUAAAAUUAUUCAUCAAACGUUUUGUUACAUAAUGAGUCUUUUUGCAACUAUAUCUGCUGGAAGUAAUAUUUGCUUUGAUUCAAUAAAAUUGCCUUAUGUCACAAAUAAGGUUGGGAAAUGUGUAGCAGUAGAAUUUAUGUAUUGCACUUAAACUCAAAUAAUAGGAGCAUGUUGCACAUUUGAAAAUAAUUAGUAUUAGAAUAAUAUAAUCUGAAUGGAGAGCAAAAAUUUUGUCAAGUAACAUUUUUUUUAACUUGUUAAUGUUUAAAAAUGUAAGGACAGUCUGCAAAAAA